AUGCAGCGCGCUGGUGCAGAAUCACCCUCAUUUAUCAACGAUUCUCCGACGGCUUUGACGGCUUCCGGCCAGAGCACAAGUCACCCCAGGGAAGGUUUUCACCCGGCACUCGGGGCUUUCCUCCCCGGAUCAUCAAGUAGAGGCCAGGCACCAGCAAGGAAUGUAGAGCUGUAUAGCCCUCUAGGGUAUUUGACACAUGGAUUUAUGCAAGUUGGCUCAAGUCAACAGCCCAUUCCCCCAGCCUUGGAUAUGAUUUCAAGCUCCACUGAGGCUAGCAGGAUGGCCCCCCCACCCACCCACUUGGCGGCCCUUGCCGAUAAUGUUUCACUCUUCGACCAUCACCUUGACCACCUUGACCCGCAGAAAGAUUCUGCCGCCAGUGACCGUUAUUGGCUGCACACUCAGGGUCCUCUGCCUGCGACCCAAUCUUACUCAAUGCUUCCCUCUCCCGGCGUCGCAUCGCCAGCUGUUCGCACUCGGCCAAGACUUGUCGGUCGCUUCGCUUCAGAUCACGCCCCUCGAGCUGUGAAUUGUCAUGACGCUCCUUUUCUCUCUGCAGUAAUUGCCAUUUCUCAAGCUCGCAUGCCUCAGCCGACGCUCAUGACGCCGCAUCGUUGA